AUGUUGAAGUUGUUGUUGUGCACGGUGGUCCUGUGCGUGUCUAUGAGUGUUCGUACUGCAGCACAGCAGGACGAGGAGGUGAAGAUCCAAGUUGUGCUCCGAGCAGAACCAUGCGAGAGAAAAAGCAAGAAAGGAGAUCUGAUGAACGUUCACUACGAUGGCUUCCUCGCCGAAGAUGGUUCGCAGUUCUAUUGCAGUCGAUCUGACAAAGCUGGACACCCCCAGUGGUUUGUCCUGGGAGUGGGACAAGUUAUCAAGGGCCUUGACAUUGGGAUGAUGGACAUGUGUCCAGGGGAGAAACGGAAAUUAACAGUUCCCCCUGCCCUGGCCUAUGGGGUGAAAGGCAAAGGCCCUGUGCCGCCGAACGCGACUGUUGUGUUCGAAGUGGAGCUCUACUCUGUGUCCAGGGGACCACGCAGCAUGGAAGCAUUUGGAAAAGUAGACCUCAAUAAUGACCGCAGUCUCACAAGGGCAGAGGUAAAAGAUUACUUGAAACUUGAAUUUGAAAAGGAUGGGAAGCCACGAGAUGAGCCCUUCUACGAGAAGAUAUUGAAUGACAUAUUCCGCAAGAGUGACAACGACAAAGACGGGAUUAUCAGCGCAAAGGAGUAUAAUAUUUAUCAACACGAUGAGCUGUAGUUUCUGUAGUAGUUGCUAGUUAUUCUUUUCAAGUCGGUAUGUUUAAAUGCUUAGGUCAGGGGUCGGCAACCUUCACCAGUCAAAGAGCCAUUUUGACCAGUUUCACAAAUUAAAGAAAACAAAAAUCUUUUGAAAUUUAAAAUGAAAUAACACUGCAUACAAAGUUUUUUUUUGCUUUGUGCUAUGUACAUACCAAGGGUCUCAGACACGCGGCCCACACCUUAAUAUGUGAAUUGAACGUUAGUGCGGCCCGCGGGUUUUAUAUGAAUGGCGCUUGACAGCGUCAUACUUAUCAACCCUCCCGAUUUUUCCGGCAGACUACGAAUUUCAGGGCAACUAUUCUCUCAAACGUGCCGUGAUGGUACAGCAUUUAGCGUCCACUACAACCAGUGUGCCGGCCCAGCCACACGUUGUAUGAGGCUUCUGCCUGC